AUGGAUAAAGAUUUUUCCUGUAAUUAUUGCCAUCAGAAGGUGAUCGGAUGUAUAGAAAAAUUAUGCAGAACUAAUACACUUUCUAAUAAACCAUAUUUAUCAUGUGGGAACGAAGAUAUUGACAAAUUUAUUCAAGAUACAAAAUCUAACAAAAAACAUUGCGACGACUUUAUUGAAUGGAUACCCCAUUCUGAUAUUGAAAUCAAUAGUCCAAUUGUACACGUAGAAGGGGGUCAUGCGAAAAUAUUUAUUGGCAAAUGGAAGUUAUUAACACAUGAUGAUAAUAAAUUAGUAUAUGUUGAUGUUGUUCUUAAAGUUUUGAAGGAAUCUAAAAAUUUUGACCCCAAAUUUCUUAAUGAAUUCAAAAUACACCAUCAGUGUCUAGGAACGUGUGCUGUACCUUUCUAUGGUUUAACAACACGUCCAGAAAUGGAAGGGCCGGAUUCAUCGUUAUUGAUACAAGAAUAUGAAGAAUUGUAUGAAAUAAUUAUUAGGGAUCCAGUACAACCUCUUCGUGUUACGCCAAAUUAUACACCACAAAAAGCAUUUUGGGAUCCUUUCUCGGAAAGUGCAGAAAACAUUCCUUCGGAUGAAAAUACCGCUGAAAAUAAAAAUGAUAUCACUAACGUCAGUCAGUGCCAGUUCCCUAGCGGCGACUUUUACAUAAAGUUGGAAACUUCACCUCCACGCUCUCCAAGCUUGGUUGUUGAUAUUGAGAGAGGUUUUUUAGGAACUAAAGUUAUUGUCGCCCAACAAAAGAGCGACGCUGAGCAUGAUAGCUAUCAACUUUGGUGUUAUGAAGAUGGUUUUCUGGUUAAUAAACAAGCAGACUUAUGUCUGGAAGCUGAAACUGUAAAAGCAAGAGGCCGUCUCAUCCUUAAUCAUAGAAGAAGUACAGGCCAAACUACUAAUCAAAAGUGGAUCCUUACCAGCGAAAGGCGUAUUGCAUUGCAAAGUCAACCAAAAUUCGUACUUAGAGUUAAACGCAAAAAUAUUGUGCUUGCUGAUAGUACUUCGAAAAGCUUCAAGAAUAUUCAAUUCACUACACUGCCAUUCCAUCCUGGGGAGAAAUUCAUUGGUGUGGUUAAAUUAGAAUUGGUAAGCGCUGUAGGCUUAAAAAAUGUCGAUAGCUUCCUCGCUGGAGUAUCUGACCCUUAUGUUCGAAUACUUCACGCGGAUAAUAAUAAAGAUAUUAUCGCUCAAACUAAAGUCAUAGAUAACAACUUGAAUCCAGUGUGGAAUGAAGUUCACUAUCUACCUGUUAAAAUUAUUGGUGAAAAGUUCAUUUUGGAAGUGAUGGAUUUCAACACUGUUAUAAAACAUAAACCACUUGGAAAUUGCCAAUUGGAUACUUGUGAACUUAUCAAAGAAGGCACUCCAAAUGGUAUUGACGUUUGGUCAAACCUUUCCAUUCAAGGUCGAAUUCAUUACAAAGCGAAUUAUUUCCCUCUAGAACCUCUUCCAACACCAACUCCCGAUUUUCUUGCAAAUAUUAAGGAGAAACCCUUUGGUCAUUCGGAAUUUUGCGUUCUUGUCACACUACAAGCUCCAAAUGGUGGUAUUCCUCCUUCUGAUACAUUAGCCAAUCUAUUUGGUUUUGAAUUUCAGAAAGAUCUUUUAAACUUAUACAAAUCUCAAUGCGGCGAAGAGCGUAAUUUUAAGAUUAAUCCCACCGUAUGGACCACUAGCAUGGUCUUAUGGUUUUUACGUUUCUUAUUAAAGGAUUGUAAAAGUGAAUGGGAUAGUUUUUGUGAGCAUGCUGAACAUUACAUCAGUAAAGAAAUUAACGAUAUUGCAAUUGAACGCACCGUGAUUGCUAUCGCUAAAAGGGCUGUCCAUGAACGAUUUAAAAUACCUAUAGUUAUAGCCAAAAAACCUAAAGUUAAAAGCUUUUUCGGUAGUAUUUAUAAAAAGGCCGCUAAACUUAGCGAUCCAAUUGAAAAUGCACUUACAUUUGAUAAGAACAAACAUGAUGAGCAUGAGAAGGCUGAAGCUCUUAUUAUCGUUGGAGAAUCAGCCACUCCUGAAAAAUUCAAAGAAAUAGUCUCGGGUCAAAAAGACGAUGGUUCUAUUGAACUGAGCGAUUCAAUCUGUAAUGAAUUAGAUGCUCCUAAAGAAGAAAUCAUUACAACAAUUCAAAAGAAGAUUAAAAAUAGUAAACUUAAAUCACCCAAGCAUUCAUCAAGUCUUGGAACUGCAAUUAGCAUUUCAUACCUUAAGAAUGCUGCACCCCAGCAUGAAAGUUUAUGGAAAGAUAAAUAUGAUAAAGCCCGUGAAUAUCUGUCAAAAAAAAUAGGAGAUGCUAAUGCAGAAAAAGAACUUUUAGAUUUGGCGGAUAAUUAUGUAAUUGAAAAUAGCAUAAAGAAAGUGAUUAAAGAUAAAAAGAGAAAUGCAAUAUCUAAGGUGCGAAAAUCAACUACAUCAGAAAAGUGCAAUGAUGUAGUAUCUAAACAAAAGGAUGACGGUUCUUUUGAAAUUAGUGAGACGGUUUGCGAAGAAAUAGAUGUUUCUAUUGUAGACGUAGUACCUACAGCAAAGAAAUAUACACAAAAUAAGAAACUCAGGUCACCCCAAUCAGAGCCGUGGUGGAAAACAGCACUUAUUCUUAGUUAUCUUAAAAUCGCUGCACCACAUCACAAGAAACUAUGGGAAGAUAAAUGCAAUAAAGCUCGCAAAUAUCUUUCUAAACAAAUUGGUGAUGCUGCAGCAGAAAAGGAAUUAUUAGACUGCACCGACAUGUAUGUCGUUGAUAAUGUCACUAAAAAGGUUGAAAAAGAUCAUAAAAAAGACGCUGCAAUUAUUAUCGUUCAGGAAGCAGCUUCUCCUGAGAAACACCAAGAAAUUGUGUCUAAACAAAACGAUGAUGGUAGUAUUGAGUUAGAUGAUUCAGUAUGUAAAGAAUUAGUCGUUCCCAAAGAAGAUAUUAUCGCCACCAUUCAAAAGAACAUUACUAAUAGAAAACUUCGAGUACCUCAACUCCCUUCAUUACUUUCAACUGCUGUUAACCUUUCAUAUCUGAAAAAUGCUGCAUCUCAAUAUGAAGGUAAAUGGGGAGAUAAAUACAAUAAGGCUCGUAAAUAUCUUUCAAAACAAAUUGGAGAUAAAAAUGCUGAAGAGGAAUUAAUAAAAUGUGCCGAUGAGUACGUAGUUGAUAAAUUAACAGACAAAGUAAUUGAGGAAAAGAAACAAGAUGUAAUUGAUCUUAAGAAAGCCCACGAAUAUCUUUCUAACCAAAUUCGAGAUACUACAGCAGAAAAAGAAAUAUUAGAUUGUACUGAUAAAGACGUUGUUGAUAAUGCUACCGAAAAGUUUGAAAAAGAUCAUAAAAAAGACGUUGCAAUUACAAUCGUUCAGGAAUCAGCUUCUCCUGAGAAAUGUGAAGAAAUUGUAUCUAAACAAAAAGAUGAUGGUAGCAUUAAAUUAGAUGAUUCGAUAUGCAAUGAAUUAGACACUUCCAAAGAAGAAAUUAUUAUUACAAUUCAAAAGAAAGUUAAAGAUAGUAAACUUAAAUCACCCGAAUAUUCAUUAAGUCUUGCAACUGCAAUUAAUAUUUCGUACCUUAAAAAUGUUGCAUCCCAUCACGAAGGUUUAUGGAAGGACAAAUAUAAUAAAGCCCGCGAAUACCUUUCUAGGCAAAUUGGAGAUAAAAAUGCUGAAGAGGACUUAAUAAAAUGUGCCGAUGAAUACAUAAUUGAUAAAGUAAUAAACAAAGUAAUUGAAGAAAAGAAAUGGGAUGUAAUUGAUCUUAAGAAAGAUGAAAUACCCAAGUCUGAAAAACCUAAAGAUUUUUUCGAGGUGGCUCGAAAACUUGGUGAUCAAGUUGAACGUGCCCUUACAUUCAAUAAAGACAAACUUGAUGAUCAUGAGAAAGCGGAAGCUCUCAUUAUUGUUGAAGAAGCAGUCACUCCCGAAAAAUGUAAAGAAAUCAUCUCGAACCAAAAAGAUGAUGGUUCUAUUGAAUUGGGUGAUUCAGUUUGUAAUGAACUAGAUACUCCAAAAGAAGAAAUUAUUACAACAAUUCAAAAGAAUAUUAAAAAUGAUAAACUUAAAUCACCCGAGCAUUCAUUAAGUCUUGCGACUGCAAUUAAUCUUGCAUACCUUAAUAAAGCUGUACCCCAUCACGAAGGUUUAUGGAGAGAUAAAUAUAAUAAAGCCCGUGAAUAUCUAUCAAAACAAAUAGGAGAUAAAAAUGCUGAAGAGGAAUUAAUAAAAUGCGUCGAUGAUUAUGUAAUUGAGAAUGCCAUAAAGAAAGUGAUUAAAGAUAAAAAGAGACAUGCAGUAGUUACUGUGCAAAAUUCAACUACACCAGAAAAAUGCAGCGAUGCAGUUUCUAAACAAAAUGAUGACGGAUCUUUUGAAAUUAGUGAGACGAUUUGUGAAGAUAUAGACGUUCCCAUUACGGAGGUCGUAACUACAGCAAAGAAAGAUACACAAAAUGAGAAACUUAAAUCACCCGAAUCAGAGCUGUGGUGGAAAACAGCACUUACUCUUAGUUACCUUAAAUUCGCUGCACCAAAUCACGAAAAUCUGUGGAAAGAUAAAUACGAUAAAGCUCGCGAUUAUCUUUCUAAACAAAUUGGAAAUCCUGCAGCAGAAAAAGAACUAUUAGAGUGCACUGAUAAAUACGUCGUUGACAAUGUCACUAAGAAGGUUGAGAAAAAUCAUAAGAAAGCCGCUGCACUUCCUCUUGUUCAAGAUGCAGCUUCUCCCGAGAAAUGUGAAGAAAUUGAAUUGGAUGAUUCAGUAUGUAAAGAAUUAGAUGCUCAUAAAGAAGAUAAUAUUAUUAUAGUCACAAAGAAAAAAUAUCAAUUACAUAAGGUUUCAAACACUCUUGUAACCGCUAUUAGCCCCUCAGAUCUGAAAAAUGCAGCGUCUCAAUAUGAAGAUGGAUGGGGAUAUACGUAUAAUAAAACUCGUGAAUAUUUUUCUAAAAAAAUUAGAAAUGAGGAUACUGAAAAAGUAUUAUUAGAGUGUGCUGAUAAAGAUGUGGUUGAUAAUGUUACUAAAAAGAUUGUUCAGGAAGUAGCUUCUCCAGGGAAAUGUAAUAACAGUGUACCUAAACAGAAAGAUGAUGAUAGUAUUGAAUUAGAUGAUUCGUUCUCAUCAAGUUCCGAGGAAGAGGAAGAACCUGAAAAGCAAAUUGAGUAUGAAAAAGUGAAUAAGGAUAAAAGAUAUGUAACUCAAAAAUACACCUUUACACCUGAAG